AUGCUCAGUGUGAACCAGGCCUUCACACUGAGCAGUGCAACCGCUGCGGGGAUAUGGGGGAGCGUUGGUGCCGCAGCAGGCGCAAAGGGGAGCAAUGGAGGCAUGGGGAAUACAGAGGCACAGCAGCUGACCGGGCUCUGCAAGGAAUCCCCACAAAACUGUCUUGACCUGAAAAGUGGAGACCUGUAUCAAAUAGAACACAAAUGGCCCAGAGCAGAUCCUAUACCCAUCUGUAGUUUCUGUCUUGGGACAAAGGAAUCCAACCGUGAAAAGAAGCCUGAGGAGUUGAUCUCCUGUGCUGACUGUGGGAGCAGUGGUCAUCCAUCAUGUUUAAAAUUCUGUCCAGAGCUCACCUCUAACGUAAAAGCACUGAGGUGGCAGUGCAUUGAAUGCAAAACUUGCAGUGCCUGUAGGAUUCAAGGCAAAAAUGCAGAUAAUAUGCUUUUUUGCGACUCUUGUGAUAGGGGAUUUCACAUGGAAUGCUGUGACCCACCUCUGGCCCGCAUGCCAAAAGGUAUGUGGAUUUGUCACGUCUGCCGGCCAAAGAAAAAUGGUCGUAAAAUCAUUCAAGAGAAAGCUGCACAAAUCAAGAGGCGAUACGCAAAACCCAUUGGCAGACCAAAAAACAAAUUAAAGCAACGCAUGUUGUGUAUGCCCAAUGAUGGAACAUCUGUGAACUCAAUACCAGGAAGGGGGCCAUCUGGUAGGAGUCAAAAAAAUAAAAUGUGUCCCACCACACUGCCAUCUGGUCAUGCUGCAUCUGUGAAGGACCCCAUCAGCAGCCUGGCUGCAUCUGACCUCAUUUGGCCUGGCCCCCAUCCCAUCACUUCCACCCUCACUUCCACCUGUUCCCCACUCAAAGUUAACAAGAAAACCAAAGGGCUAAUUGACGGCCUCACUAAGUUUUUCACUCCAUCACCUGAGGGACGCAAAUUUCGCAGGCGAAUGGUAGACUUUUCUGUGCACUAUCGUCCCAGGAAAAAACAUAAUGACCCAGACUCUUGCACUCUCCAUAGGCUGGCUACGGGUACCACUCAUGGCCUAAGCAGCCCACCUCUUCCCUCACAACUUGCUCCCCCUCCUGCUCACUCACAUAUCUCUUCCCUGUCUGGCUACAGCCCUACCUCACAGCAAUCCAGCAACUCUACCACGUCUAAUUCACCCCAGAGUUCCUCAAGUCACUCCAGUGCCCCGUCCCUAAGAAGCCUACCUAGUAACAGUCAAUUGAAGGGGCUGUUUGAUGGACUGUCCCAUAUCUAUGCUACUCAGGGCCAGCCACGCCAAAAAAGCAACCCAAGCUAUGCACCUCCAAAGCGCCUUCGCCAAAAAGGCAGACUGUACACCUCAACCCACUUCUUUGGCAAAAGGGACGCAAGGAGUAGGCUCCUUCUUUCCCACUCCAGCCCUCCAAGCUGGGCAGUGCCUCGGGGUCGGGCUUUGAAAGCCAUCGCUCAAUACAAACGCUCAUCAUUCCUUAUAAAACACAGGACACUAGGCAGGUUAAAGUACAAAGUGGGACCUAUAGGGGCGGGAGCCAGGACACCAGGAAAGGUCAGCUUGGCAGACAGAAGGACUAAGACCGUCCAGGACGAUGAUGCUGACUUGAAGAUGGAUAUCAAGCAAGAAAGGUGGGAUUUGAUCUGUGUUCCAGAAAAACCAGACUUUGUCUCCCAGGAAGAUGUUGACCUAUUCAGACAAGCACGGGAACAGUCCUUUGAGAAAAUAGGAUGUCAAACAUUUGAUGACCACACUGGACGAUACCCUUCAUUUAUUGAGUUUGGAAAGUAUGAAAUCCAGACAUGGUACUCCUCGCCUUAUCCACAGGAAUAUGCAAGAUUACCGAAGCUUUACCUGUGCGAGUUCUGUCUGAAGUAUAUGAAGAGCAAGAAUAUCCUACUGCGGCACUUAAAGAAGUGUGGCUGGUUCCACCCUCCUGCCAAUGAAAUUUACCGGAAAGAUGACCUAUCAGUGUUUGAGGUGGAUGGUAACAUAAGUAAAAUCUACUGCCAAAAUUUGUGUUUGCUGGCCAAGCUGUUUCUGGAUCACAAAACAUUAUAUUAUGACGUUGAGCCGUUCCUUUUCUAUGUUCUUACUAAAAAUGACAAGAAGGGCUGUCAUUUGGUUGGAUACUUCUCUAAGGAGAAACUUUGCCAGCAGAAGUACAAUGUGUCAUGUAUCAUGAUUUUGCCUCAGUAUCAGCGGCAAGGAUUUGGAAGGUUCCUCAUUGAUUUCAGUUACUUGCUUUCACGGUGUGAGGGACAGGCCGGCUCUCCAGAAAAACCUCUGUCAGAUUUGGGCCGUUUAUCUUAUUUCUCAUACUGGAAAAGUGUGAUCAUAAACUAUAUGUCCUCUCAUCAUGAGAAACAGAUUAGUGUGAAAGGGCUUAGUCGAGCUACAGGAAUGUGUCCUCAUGACAUUGCCACCACCUUGCAGCAUCUCAACAUGAUAGACAAGAGAGGAGACAGGUUUGUUAUCAUUCGACGUGAAAAGUUCUUGGCAAGUUGUAUGGUCAGAGUAAAAACUCGGGGUCAUGUAAAUGAGGUUGACCCUGACUGUCUCAGGUGGACGCCAGUCAUUUCAUCUAAUUCUGCAGUAUCUGAAGACGAGCACGAUUCAGAAAAGGAGGCGGAACAUCUCAUGGAGCAGGAAAGCUGUAGGGAACGAGAACACCAGCACUUCUACUCACCAUCACACUCAAAGCAGUCACCGUCAAAGAAUAAGGAUCUAAGCAAUUACCUACUUCCCUCAGCAGAUGUCCCUGCAACCUUAGAGAAGGAAAAGCCCGUAAAGCACAACCAGCAAAGUAGCGAGGAUGAAGAGGAACCACAUCAUCUAGAAGUUACACCAAUACUCGGCAAACCCCAGACACUCAUGAAGAGAAAGAGUGCCUUCACACCCAGAAGGAGGCGUGGGAGAAAACGGCGGAGAAUUAACAGCAGUGUCACAACAGAGACUAUUUCUGAGACCACCGAAGUGCUAAAUGAGCCAUUUGAAGAUUCUGACAGGAGCAGCCCUGAGCCACAACAGGAAGUGGACCAAAAAGAAACCAAUGGCAGGCGAGCCAACCAACAACUGGUACCCAACAGUACAGCAACCGAAAAAAUGAACAAAAUGGAAGAGCUAUGUCCAAGUUUCCACACAGAUCAUGUAGAAGAACCCUCUUCAGAGGAGUUGGUUAACAAUAAAGUUCACGAAAAAACUGCAUGUCAGCCUGUGCGAAAACAGGGAUGGCCUAAAGGAGUUAAAAGAGGGCCAUCUAAGAGAAAGCAUAGUGUGGAUAAAAAAGCUGGCUUUAAACUCAAUCUCUAUACACCACCAGAGACUCCUAUGGAGCCAGAUUAUCAGAUCCAAACUGAGGAGGCUAAAGAGGAAGCUGAAGAUGGACAUGACGCUCAUCACAAAGAUAUCUUGCAAACCACUGAAGAAAAUGAAACUUGUGUUGAAGAAGCUGGAGCCUCUUUUAUAGAGCUACCGAGUCCAAGUAGCACCAGUCUAGAAAAGACAGAUGAAGAAGAAAAGAGAGACUAUGAAGAUAUAAGACCAGAAGAUGAAAAAGAUCAAGCAGGCGAGGAUGAAGAAAAAGACACCGAUCAAGAUUCAAAGGAUAAAACAGAAGAGGAAGAAGAAAAAGAUGAUAUAGAAGAGGACUAUGAAGGAGCUGAAGAGGAGGAUGAAACAGAUGAAGCCGAAGACCAGAAGAAGGUAGAAGAAGUGGGUGGCAUCCAGCAGGAGGAGGAAGAUAUAAAGGAAGACAUAAAGCAGCCAAUCAUUUUCGAAGAAAAAAGUGAAAAUACUGGGACUGAGCAGAAAAAAGAUCUUGCAUCAGUAGAAGAGGAAGAAGAUGAAGAGGAGCAGUCUCAUAAUGAGGAUCAUGAUGCAGAUGAUGAAGAUGAAAGCCACUUUGAUCCAUCAAUGAAAGAGGUACAAGGGGAAGCUUUCCAAGCAUCCCUGGAUGAACAGGCUUUUUUAGAUGUUGGUAUAGGAAAUAGUAACCCACCACAGACAGAUGUAUCAAACAAUACUCUAGUAGAGCAGGCUGAAAAGGCACCUGAAGAAAAUGAACUUCCACAUGAAACCCCAGAGCAAGUCGUUGGUCCUGGUGAACCUCUCACAGAGGAUGUAGUUCCCGAGCUACCUCGCGAAGGUGGGGGUGGAUUAGAUAUUGACUCUGAAACUGCUCAAGCCGUGCAGUCUUUGACACGUGAAAGUGAGGCAGACGAGGAGGCAUAUAGAGACUGUUCAAAGACCCAGGAAGCAUGUCAUAGUCUGCAGACUUAUGCCCAUAGCCCAGCACCAAGUGCAACAGAGGAUUGCCUUCAGUCUGCCCACAGCAGUCCAGUGUCUUCUGUUCAUUCACAUCCAGGUCAUUCUGUUAGGUCAUCAUGUAGCCCCAAUGCACCCUCUUUGGAGAAUACUUAUGCCCAGAUUAGCCCUGAUCAGACUCCAAUGCCUGUUCCAUCUUUGCAAAAUCUUGAAGCUAGUCCAAUGAUGGAUGUAUCCUCAGUAUCUGAUCACUCACAGCAGGUUGUGGACAGUGGAUUCAGUGACUUGGGGAGUAUUGAGAGCACCACCGAAACCUAUGAUAAUCCAAACAGUUAUGAUUCUGGUAUGGGAGGAAGUAAUUUACCCUCGCAAAACAGCUGCACAUAUAGCGGGGGAAUGACAUCGGCCAACUUAACGCAGAGCAGCUGUGCUGUCACACAACAGAUCCCUACAAUGAACAAUAACUGCAGCAUGAUUGGGUCUCCCCCUCCUAACCGCCCUUGCAAUGUUAAGUCUCCGCAAGCUUGUGCAGUAGAUAGACCUCCUAGUAGUGGCCAACAGCAGCAACUUGCUCCUUGUGGAAUGGCAGGACAAGGUUUCACAUUGUCAGAUAUGCCAGAAACUGGUGGAAGUGGACUUGGUGGGCUUUACGAUAGAAUAAGUCAAGGAGACUUUGGAUCCGGGCACUACCCACAGCCCACUGCCACAUUCAGCCUUGCCAAACUUCAGCAAUUAACAAACACCUUAAUGAAUCACUCCCUGCCUUACAGCCAUACCCAGGCCGUAACAUCCUAUGCAAAUGGUGCCUCCCUUUCCUCUCCCCUGAGCAACAUGGUGCAGCUUACCCAAAGUCCACAUUCUGUGCCCCCACAGUCCCAAACAACAAUGAAUCAUUCUGCAAAUCUCACACCUCCCCCUAUGAACUUGCACCCACCACUUCUCCAGCGCAAUAUGUCCAAUGGGCAGAUGGGGCUUUCACAUGGUCAAAGGCUACAGACACAGAUGACGAGCAAAACUCACAUGUCCAUGCGGGCCAAAGUAUCUGCAUUGCCUCCUGGAGCCUCUUCUGGGCCCCACCCCCCACAGCUGUAUGGCCACGCCCCACCUCCACAGGCUAUGGCCAUGCAACCUCCUUCACGUUCUCUCACCAUGCAGCGUGGAAUGAAUAUGAGUGUCAAUCUAAUGCCAGCACCUGCUUACAAUGUCAAUCCAGUAAACACACUCAAUGCCAUGAGUGGCUACCGUGUAUCUCAGUCCAUGAUGAACAGUGGCUAUCAUGGCAACCAUGGAUAUAUGAAUCAGAGUCCUCAGUACCCAAUGCAAAUGGGUAUGAUGGGAAGUCAGCCUUAUGCACAGCAGUCAAUGCAGGCCAGUCCUCAUAGCAACAUGAUGUACUCCAGCCCUGGGCAUCAUGGGUACAUGAACUCACAGAUGCCCAAACAGUCACUUAACGGGUCAUACAUGAGGCGGUGAGCUGCCCUUACAGGUACCAGCAUACCAAACCCCUUUUCCUUAACACUGCAGCAGCUGCAAAAUGGAAUCUGCACUACAGAACCUAACACAGACUGAAAGCAGUCAUUGAAGGACACAGACUCAUUCCCUUGGUUUU